AUGUCGGCUGAUAAAGUUGGAAAGGUUCAUAAGAAUCAUGUACAAUUUGGUAGCGAUGUGAAGACGGAGCCAAAAGUUCGUGCAAUUUCUCCUGCACCUCAGCCUCAUGAGGUAACAGCCCCACCGCCGUCGAUGCCGUUUGCAAUAAAGGACGAAGUAGAACUUCUUCGUGCUGGGACUCUGAAUAAGCAUGGCGAUCGGGUGAAGUCACAAGCAGCACCUGUUGGUGGUACUAAUGCAAAAUGA